GGGAGCGGCAAGGAUAAAAGAUUGCUGGGACCACCCGGAAGCCCAUGCCCUCUCCACGUGUAGCAACGCCAGUAUCUUUCAGAGGAUAAAUGCCCUAUUGGAUAACUCUCUGGAUUUCAGUCGAGUCUGCACUACACCCGUCCAUCCUCAAGUUCAUGAUCACUUGCCAGACUUCCCGGACUCUGAAGAAGCAGUCGCAAGCAGGAUGCUUUUCCCCACCUCUGCGCAAGAUUCUCCCCGGGGCCUCCCAGAUGCAAAUGACUUGUGCCUUGGCCUGCAGUCCCUCAGCCUCACGGGCUGGGACCGACCCUGGAGCACCCAGGACGCAGAUUCCUCAGCCCAGAGCAGCACACACUCGGUUCUGAGCAUGCUCCACAACCCACUGGGCAGUGUCCUGGGGAAGCCCCCCUUGAGCUUCCUGCCGCUGGACCCCCUUGGAUCUGACGUGGUGGACAAGUUCCCAGCACCCUCAGUUAGAGGGUCUCGCCUGGACACAUGGCCCAUCCUGGACUCCCGUUCCACCAGCCCCUCUGACUCGGACACAAGUGGCUUCAGUUCUGGAUCAGAUCAUCUUUCGGAUUUGAUUUCAAGCCUCCGCAUCUCCUCUCCUCUGCCCUUCCUGUCUCUGGCAGGGGGUGGCCCCAGAGAUUCUUUAAAGAUGGGGGUUGGGUCCCGGGUGGACCAAGAGCAAGCUGCUCUCGCCGCUGUCACUCCCUCCCCAACCAGUACGUCAAAGAGAUGGCCAGGAGCAUCUGUGUGGCCAUCCUGGGACCUCCUGGAAGCCCCCAAGGACCCCUUCAGCAUAGAGAGAGAGGCCAGGCUGCACCGGCAGGCGGCAGCUGUGAAUGAAGCCACCUGUACCUGGAGUGGCCAGCUUCCUCCCCGCAACUACAAGAACCCCGUCUACUCCUGCAAAGUGUUCCUGGGAGGUGUUCCCUGGGAUAUUACGGAAGCUGGAUUGGUUAACACCUUCCGUGUUUUCGGCUCUCUGAGUGUGGAGUGGCCCGGUAAGGAUGGCAAGCACCCCCGGUGCCCUCCCAAAGGUAAUAUGCCGAAAGGGUACGUGUAUCUGGUCUUCGAGCUGGAGAAGUCAGUCCGGGCCUUGCUGCAGGCCUGCUCUCAUGACCCGCUGAGCCCCAAUGGCCUGAGCGAGUACUACUUCAGGAUGUCCAGCCGAAGGAUGCGCUGCAAGGAGGUACAAGUGGUCCCUUGGGUCUUGGCCGACAGCAACUUUGUCCGGAGCCCAUCUCAGAGACUGGACCCCAGCAGGACAGUGUUUGUGGGCGCUCUGCAUGGGAUGCUCAACGCCGAGGCCCUGGCGGCCAUCCUGAAUGACCUGUUCGGGGGAGUGGUGUACGCUGGGAUCGACACGGAUAAGCACAAGUAUCCCAUAGGGUCUGGUCGUGUGACCUUCAGUAACCAGCGCAGUUACCUGAACGCUGUCAGCGCUGCUUUUGUGGAGAUCAAAACCACCAAGUUCACCAAGAAGGUUCAGAUUGACCCCUACCUAGAGGAUUCUCUGUGUCACAUCUGCAGUACUCAGCCCGGCCCUUUCUUCUGUCGAGAUCAGGUGUGCUUCAAGUACUUCUGCCGGAGCUGCUGGCACUGGCGGCACAGCUCAGAGGACCUGCGCCACCACAGGCCCCUCAUGCGGAACCAGAAGAGCCGAGACUCCAGCUAGAGGAGCCGGCCUCGCCUGGCGGCCGUGGCCCUCGAGGCUGGCAGGUCAGGCAGCGGCCUGCACCACCAGGCCACCGGCGACCAGGGAGCUGGCUUCCCAAGGACGAGGGAAGAUCGCAGUCACCUUUGCACUUGCUGAGUCUGUCUUUGUUUCUGCACCAAUUAAUGCACAAUGAGUUUUGUCAGGUUUGUUUUCCAGGGGCUGGGCCGGGGCAAGGACCCUCUGGCUCCCACCCUCCAGGCGACUCUGUAGUUUUCCCAGGUUUUAGUUCCUCAUUUUGCCGAUGAAAAGCAAAAAACAAAAAAAAAAACAAAAAAAAACUACGUGUCCAGAAGGUGUUGACACGAUGCCUACAUCUAGGUUUAUUUAUUAAAAGUGCUUUUUUUACAUUCCUCGCAAUACUGGCGGUGGAUGCGCAGGUCUCGUUGGUUCAUCUUGCGGUUGCCAUACAGUGCCUUUCCAUUUAUUUACCCCCCACCUGAACGGCAUAAACUGAGUGUUCAGCUGGUGUUUUUUACUGUAAACAACAAGGAGACUUUGCUCUUCAUUUAAACCAAAACCAUAUUUCAUAUUUUCUGCUCGAGGGUUUUUACCGGUUCCUUUUUACACUCCUUAAAAUAGUUCUUAAGUCAUUUGGAACAAGAGAUUUUUUUUUUUUCUUUUUCCUUUCCUUUCCUGGCAGCUUUUAACCAUUAUAGCAAAUUUGUGUCUGGGGGACUUUGCUGGUCACUGUUUCUCACAGUUGCGAAUGAAAGAAAAAAUUUGCAACCAA